GGACAUUUGAAGAGAGGCCUGAAAGAGAUAAGGAAGCAAACUUCACGGCCAUCUAGAGGAAGAGAGUGCCAGGCGAAGGGAACUGCCAGUGCAAAGGCCCUGGGGAGGAGCCCACAUGUGAGGAACAGCAAGGAGGAGGGUGUGGCUGGAGCAGAGUGAGGGCAGGGGAGUGAAGAUGGAACUAACGUCAGAGAGACGUGUCUGGGGCUACAUCACGGAGCACCUGUGUGCCCUGUGAUGACGGGCUUUUUAUUCUGGGUAAGAUGGGAGCCAUGAGAAGGUCUUGAGGGAGGAGGAACAUGAUCUGACUUAACACAUCCCGCGUCACCCAUGGGGAAACUGAGUCACAGAGAGGCUAACUGAUUUUUCAGAAUCAGAGCUAGUGAGCAGAAUGAGUGCCAAAAGGCCCCAGGUGUGUCUGGCAGCAAAGUCCACGCACUUUUCGUUUCUCCAGUGUCCCAAGAGACACCUAGGGCAUGCUGGCAUGUGUCAGAGGCUGAGCUGAGGCUUUGGGUCAGCCCCACAGAUAGCUCAAGGAAUCAGGAUGGGCCGAGAUGAACCCCUGCUGCUCUCUACAACCUGAGUGUUGCUCAUGAGGAUUGAGAGGACCCUGCAUCUCAGAUCACACAGCAUCUUCCUGCCCGGCCCUCCUUCCUCACCGCUUCUGCCUGCCUCCCCACGGGGAUUCUCAGAUGAGGAAACUCAGGCUAACAAUGAACAGCGAGAUGAUCAGAUGAGCUGGGGAUGGAGGGGACUUCUGCUUCAGAGGGGGCUUUGGUCUCCUCCCCAGCCCAGAGCAAUGACCGUCAGCCCCCAGAAUACACCCUCAUGUCUCCCCAAUGCCAAGCUCAUGUCUGACAAAUAGUAGAUGCUCAAGAAAUACUUGUUGAAUGAACCUGGAGCUUGCAGGCCCAUGGAAGGAAGCAUUGGGGGUCUGUGGCCCCUCAUCAGUCUAGGUCUCAGCCAAGAGGGCACCGUCUGCAAAAAUGUCUGCGGAUCCCUUAUCCAGUAAAGCCCUGAAGAUUAAGCGCGAGAUGAGCGAGAACACACCGCACCUGUCUGACGAGGCGCUGAUGGGGUUGUCCGUACGUGAGCUGAACCGACACCUGCGUGGGCUCUCGGCCGAGGAGGUGACGCGGCUCAAGCAGCGGCGCCGCACGCUGAAGAACCGAGGUUACGCUGCCAGCUGCCGCGUGAAGCGCGUGUGCCAGAAGGAGGAGCUGCAGAAGCAGAAGUCGGAGCUGGAGCGCGAGGUGGACAAGCUGGCGCGGGAGAACGCCGCCAUGCGCCUGGAGCUCGACGCGCUGCGGGGCAAGUGCGAGGCGCUGCAGGGCUUCGCGCGCUCGGUGGCCGCUGCCCGCGGGCCCGCCGCGCUCGUGGCGCCCGCUAGCGUCAUCACCAUUGUCAAGUCGGCCCCGGGCCCGAGCCCCAGCCCCGCCCCCGCCCCAGGCUCCGCCCCCGCUGCCUGCUCCUAGUGCCCGCCGCGCGCGAACACCCAGUUCGCACGUCCCACCGACCCCCGUUACCCUCCCAAAGUGCCUAAGCGACAUCUCUGUCCCCAGGAGCCAUUUCUCUGCAGCUGCCACCCCCUGUGGCGAACACACGUUCUCUCCCUGAGCAUGUCUUCCUUGUCGCGGAGACCCAUCUUCUCUGUAACUGGGACCUAAUAGGUGGCCCUAGGGAGGGGCAACUUUAGUGAGAUGGGGGAGGGGGUGGGGUGGGGUGGGAAUCUGGGUUCCCUUUGGCUUAAAGUUCAGCCUUAGAUUGGGGGGAUGGGAUAGAAGGGUUUAGAGAAGGGCUGCAGGGAGAAGAGGGCACCUCUCAUUUUAUAAACUGUUUGCUCUUAUUGUGCCAAUAGCCCCUUGCCACCCUCCCAGGAUUCAGGACUAGGUUCGGCCAGUUUGCGUCUCUUAUGUGUCUGAUGCUCCCACCUCUGUUUUGGGCCUAGAGGUACCUGGCCUUGCAAAGCUGGGAGUCAUUGGAAAUCACCUAGUCAAGUCCGGUUAACAGACAGGAGAGCAGCCUCCAGCGGAUAUGACAGUGCUUAAGCUUAGUGGCUGAGCUGAAACUAAAAGCCAAGUCUUCCUACUGCUGCCCCUACAGGGGACAGGGACAGGAAGAGGUGGUGAGAAGGCCUCGCUGGCUGGGGAGACGCUGUGAUUUAGGGGAAGAGACGUAGAGGGACAGAGAAGGUGAUAACAGAUGGAAGAGAGGGAAGGAGCUGGCCUUGCUCAACCCCUGGGCUCUCCCUGCAGCCAGGGGGCUGGCCAGCCAAAGACAAAGGGGACAAAGGAGGUGACCACCCAUCAUGGCAGGUGGGGAGAUGAGAAGACAGAUCCUGCAGUCCUGCAGUCUGGGGUGGGGGUCCUUGGAAGGGAAGGGCCCCACCUCUCCUCCCAUGAGUGUUCAUUAUGGGCUGGGUGCUGACCACUGCCCCUGAUUGCCAUUCUCCUGGGAAGCCCAGCCCCCACCCCACUCCACACACUGUAUACAGCUGCCCCUCCCCACUGUUUAUUUAUUGCACAAACUAAGUUAUUCUCCCCAGCCAGAGCCCUCGCACUCACUUCCUGGGAAAAGUGGUGUGGGACCCUGAGCUGGACUUUAUAUUUUAUAUCUGCAAAUAAAUCACAUUUUAUCUUAUAUUUAGGGAAAGCCGAUGGCAACAAUCAAAAAGUUUGAAAACAAUUGCCAGGCCCCCGGAAUUUAUUUAUUUUCUGACUUACAGUAAGCGAGUUAUCCGCCUUCUGUAUUUUGUACUUUCUGAAUAAAGUCAAGUUCUCUUUUUCCACAGUGAA